UCUGGCGGCUGCCAUCUCUUGAUGUCGAGCCAAGGCAUGCACGCCCAGUGAUAUGUGAUCGCCAGCUCCAGAUGCACCACGACGCUGCCGCCAUCAUGGUCGCCUCCGGCGGCCGGAGCUAGCUCCGCCUCCCCUCCCCGCCGUCUGGAUCUUCCCCUUCCUCGUCUUCCGCAGCAGCUAGAGCACCGAGCGACGCAGCUCCCAGGUCGUCCAGGUCCAGGAGGCAGCAGCACGACGGCCCUUUCCUCCAUCAGCAGCUCUCCUCCGGCACCCCUUCCUCCAGCAGCACAAGACCAGCCUCCCCCGUUCCCCCAGCAGUAGCAGUAGCUCGGCCGCCACACCUCCCUCUGCAUCUUCAAGGAUUAAUCGCUUCUGUCCAUUACUCCUGUAUUGUUUUUGCAUAACAUAUUUUACUAGAAUACUACUCCCUAUGUAAAGAAAUAUAAGAGCGUUUAGAUCACUACUUCUUUACGGAUACAAUAUUUACAGUGCUAGAAUCUCGGAUUUACAAAAAGCUGGCGGAUAAAUGGUCGACCGAUAAGCGAUUGAUCUCUAUUUUGAGGCUGGCUCAUAAGUUAACGAUUAGUGAUAUCCUGAUCAUUAUUCUCUCAGCAAAGUAAAUCUUGUUUUUUAUUCAACUUGCACCUAUGGUUUAUUUUUCAACAGCAUGGUCUGUCCAAGGAUUUUAAUAAUUUGCAUAUGUCUUUUUCAGAUACCUGUCUUGUAACCAUGAGAGGCAGCAUCUUAUACUCUUCAUUUCGGAGGAUUUCCCAGGGCCACCCACCCAAGUCCAGUGGAUUUCACAGGUCAUCUCCACUGGCUGCUCAGAGGUUUGGGCGGUCCAAAAGAUGGAUUGCUACUUCCGAUGGUUUACCCCAUGAAAAGAUGAUGCUUGUGAAUGAUUUAGUUUGCCCGGUCAAGUAUUUCAUGGAGGAAGUUCCGCUGCUUGAACCCUUAGAUGACAAUAUUCUCUUGAAGACCGUUGGAGGACCAAGAGGGAAGACACUGGUUGCAUGGAAAGCUGGGAAAACCAUCAGAAGUCUGCCAGAGCUGAUUGCAACAUAUCAAUUGCGUGGAUGUGCCCUGGGCAACCAUCUCCGGUUAGAGAACUUAAAGAUUUCUCGGUCUUCAGGGAGGUUUGUUCUUAUAGACACUGCAGAAAUUGGUCCCACUGAGAAGAAGGGAAGCUUCAUACAGGACUGGAACCUGGGUGGAGAUGUCCUUGAUACGAUUGCUAGGAGAGUUUUGGGUGUGGGUACCCCUUACCCCAAGGACCUUGAGAAAUACAUCAACAAUAUAUGCGGUCAGCGGAACCUAAGCUUUGGCGUCUUCUGUACAAUUCAUUGUUUUUAUCCCCAGAAGCCCGCUAUUGGCUAAGAGUCUAUGUUAAUCAGAUGUCCCGAGAAGACUUCGAAUCCCUCUCCAGAGACAUGAAGCAUAAGAUGCAAGAGUUCUUUGGAAAGCUACCUUAUGAAGGAGGAGUGGAGGAGGAGGGCUCGCUGAAAUGGCUGUCAGUAAACGAGGAAUUCAUCCGUGCUACGCUCGCUGAGUCAAGGAAAGAUGCACAAAAUAGGGUUACUGGUCCUAACUAUCUGAGCACUGAGAAGGCCAGGAAAAGAGACUUGGGUAGAUGGCUGGUCUGUGUCAACCGCGACGGUUUGACACAUGGGACGAAGACCAAGGCGAAACACCUCAAAGAUAUCAAAAGAUUUAUGCUCACUGCACAACACAUAUUGCAGCUGCUACAUGUGGAGUUCGAUGAGCUGGACCAGAAAUACAUUGAUCUGUGCGACGAGGAUAAUGAGCUGCGGGAGCUCCUCAGCAUCGAAGGGAUAUUCUUCGAGACCCCAGAGACCUGGAGGACUGCCAUUGAAGCACUCGAGAAGGAUAUUCAGGCAGUGCAGGAACUAAAAGCGAAGAAUUUGGUGCUGCUGGCAUAGGCAUUAACACCCGAAGCGGCUAAUCAGGCAAAUGAAUGGGUCUCCUAUCUCAAGUGGCUGGAAUGUCAUACUGCUGGUUUGCUUUGUCAUCGAAAUGUUUGGGAUAGCACCACUUUGUUGUCGUUGUAGUACUGAUAUUUCCUGCUGUAGCUGUUUGUAGGCUGGUUACCUGCAUGCAUGUGUUCCUCGAGUUGUCUGAUAACCGGGGCACAUUGUGGUUGCUGCUACUUGCUGCGUUUGUGUCUUUGUGUGGUAUCUUACUGGAGUUGAGAUUUUAUCUGUUGCGUUGUGUCUUGGACCUGUUGUAACAGGAAGGCGAGGAGCACAAAGUGCGGUGGUGCUCCAUUUUGUCAGGUUUCUAGGAGAGUGUUGUCUAGGGUCAUCAUUUUUGUGUCUAUGAGACUCUGCUGAGUUGUGCGCAACCUGCUCCAGGUGGUUUGA